AUGCCGCAGUGUCCCCAGGCGUAUCCCCGCUACAAGCAGGCUUACUACCGAGAGAGCAGCGUUGCUGGCGUUGCUGCUGCUGAGAAAGAAACAAACGGAAAAGAAGGACAUGGAGUGGAGAGGACGAAUGGCGCUGGGUUGGCUAUUGACGACUAUGAGCGGGAGCUGAGGAUGCUGCAAUCGCAGGUAAGCCAUGUGCCAGACGCUCUAAGAAUUGCCUCAGUAUUGUUUUUAAAGAAGGAUGAGACAGUGUUGGCAAUCGACGACUAUGAGAGGGAGCUGAGGAUGCUGUGCAAGCAAUCGCAGGUGCGUGCAAUGACCGGCGCCAUCAAGGGCAAGGCGCUGGUCUUAGCGGAAGCUCGGUUGCGGCGGCUGAUACAGGCACGCAAGCAGCGGGAGGCGGCGUGGUUUGUCUCAACAUGGCGUAGGUCGCAUCUGCGUCCGAGCGACGCCACGUGGCCACCGUCCAAUCGGCGGGCUGCUGAGCUGGCAGCAGCCAAUGGGAUGCCUACACGCACGCCUUUGCAGACUGUUACAAAAUCGAAGACAAUUAGGACAAGGAGUGUCCCAAACAGCAUGCAACGGAAAGCAAGCAAGGCGGUAUUGGAGGGUGAUGACGUGUCAGCAGUGGGAAGUGAUGACGUGUCAGCAGUGAGAAAUGCUGACGUGGCAGCAGUGGAAGAUGAUGACAUCAUCAUUGUGUUGCUCGUGCACAACCGGCCGGCGUAUCUCAACCGCACUCUGGAUGCUCUGAGCAAGGUGGACGGCAUACAGCACGUCCUGCUUAUAGUCAGCCAUGACGGCUUCUACCCCCCCAUGCACGCCCUCGUCCAAUCAAUCUCCUUCUGCCGGGUCAAGCAGCUAUACUUUCCCUUCUCGCCGCACCUCUUCAACGGAACCUUCCCAGCAGCUUCCACGGACGACUGCCGCGGCAAGUCAAGGCGGCCGUGGGAGACCAAAGCAGGAGGAGCGGAGCGGUGGGAGCAGUGGCAGCGCAAUAGUUCAAGACAGGGUGUGCGUAAAAAGGGCAUGGCAGGAGGAGCGGUUGAAGGGCUCAGCAAUGGGGUGAGCGAGGAGGAGAGGGUGGGGGAGGAGGAGAGGGUGGGGGAGGAGGAGAGGGUGGGGGAGGAGGAGAGGGUGGGGGAGGAGGAGAGGGUGAGCGAGGAGGAGAGGGUGGGGGAGGAGGAGAGAGUGGGGGAUGAGAUGUCGUGUUGGGGCCAAGCAGAUGAAUUCGGCUCGUACCGCGACCCAAGAUUUGUGUCCCUUAAGCACCACUGGUGGUGGGUGCAGAACACGGUGUGGGACGGCCUGCCAGAGACCAAGGCAUUCAACGGCCACAUGCUGUUUAUAGAGGAGGACCACUGGCUCUUCCCCAACGCCCUCUCCCACCUCCGCGCCUUGCUCUCCGCCAAGCGCCGCGGGCGCUGCAACGAGUGCAUCGCUGUGAGCCUCGCCCCUGCUGAUGUGGGGGUGGUGGAGGAUGAGGAGGAGGGUGCGGCGGAGAGGAGGGGAGUGAAGGCUGCAGUGCAAGCAGAGGGGGAGGUGGAAGAUCGGCAGAGGGGCGAGGUUGGAGCGAGGGGAUUGAUGCGUUCAGUUAGAAGACACGAGGGGAGUGUGGUGGAAAAGGGGGGAGUUUUAAGGCGGAAGGGGCACUUCACGGCGGAAAGAUUGGGCAACGUGGGGUACAGCUUCAACCGGAGUGUGUGGGAGAUGAUGCACGGGCUGGCAGAGGACCUUAUGAUGCCGGGGCUGGACGGGCUGCAGCUGCUGCGAAUCCUCCGCGCCGACUCCAACUACAACGCCAUCCCCAUCAUCAUGAUGUCAGGCAACUCCAAUCAGGCGACGGUGCUGCAGUGCAUAGCGGCGGGCGCGGAGGAGUAUCUGGUGAAGCCGGUGACCAAGCGGGACGUCACGCACAUGUGGCAGCACGUGUGGCGCCGCAUCCAGCUCGUCUCUAACGCGCCUGAGAGCCUGCAGAAUAGCGGCAGCCUGGCGGAGCAUUCAGGCGCAGGCGCGUCGUCCUGCCCCGACGGGUCCUUCAACCCCAGCGCGGGCGCCAAGCCGCUGCUCUCCCUGCGCUCCUCCUCCGGCAUGCACAACCCCCACUCCUCCUUCGACGAGGCGGCCGGCAACACUCUCCCCGCCAGCGCUGCCGCCGCCGCCGCCGCCGCUGCUGCUGCACAGGCGGGCGCUGCUGGCACGGGAACAGCCAGUCGCGGGUACAGGCAAGGUCAGGGGUAUGGGUAUGGUUAUGGGUAUGGCGCGGGAGGCACGUCUACGCUCCCCACGCACUCAUCUGCUGACACCCGCGGCACCUGCUCUUUUUCCAGCGGCAGUGGCCCCUUGGCCGCUCUACCUCUCCACCCUCAUCAACCCCACCAACUUAAUCAGUCCCACCAGCCACACCAGAUUCGCCAGCCGGUGGGCGUCUCUCAUGGGUUUCGCAACGCCAGGGGAGAUGAGUCGAUGGGUGUGUCGGGAAGCAUGGGGCAGCGGGAGGGGUCGGUGGCGGACGUGGUGCUGACGGGGGGUUCGGGGGAGCUGUGGGGCGGUGGCGGAGGCACGGAGAUCUGGACUGGUUCGAUGGAUGGGUGGCAGGCCGUGGGGGACGAACGAGGGAACCCGCAGCAACAGCAGCGACAGCAACAGGAGGAGGAGGAGGAAGCGGAGCAGCAGGUUCAGGUGCAGCGGCAGCAGCAGCAGGAGGUGCAGUAUCAGCAGCAGAGUUCAGGCGGGAAGGGCGAGGUGGAGCGAGAGCAGCAGCGGCAGCAGCUACUGGCACAAUACCUGCGGUCGGGGGGGCAGAACGUGCAGGCGUUCAUCGCCCACAUGGACCACACAGGGGCGUGCGGAGGCGGAGGCGGAGCAGUGGGGGAAGGCGCAGGUGCAGGCGCAGGCGGAGGGGGAAGGGGAGGCGCAGGCGCAGGCGGAGACGGAGGUGGUGCUGUUGGCGCUGGUACUGCGUCGUCGGGCAGUGGGGGGGACAUUCACGAGUGGGUGGCCCGAUUGGAGCAGAUGCCAGAGCUGCAGGAGCAGGGCGACAGUGGCGACGGCGGGGAUAAGUCGCCAGAGAGCGGAGCAGCAGCACGUGGGGGUGCGGUGGAGCGCAGAGAGCAGGCUGGCACGUGCGAGAAUGGGUCGGACGGAAGGGGGAAUUCUCGGGGUAGGAAGCUAGGGAGAAGCGCCGGGCAGGGUGGGAGUCCGGGGCAGUCGAAUCUCUCAGGGAAGCGAAGCGGCAGCAGUGGCGGUGGGAGUGGGAGUGGUGGCGGCAGUGGGGGUGGCAGUGGGGUUGGCAGUGGGGGCAAAGGUUUCAGGAAGGGCAGCGCAGCAAGGGGAAAAAGUGGGUGGGGCUUUCUGUCUGGUCCCAAGGCGGCAGCCUUGAAGAGGCAGCGCCUGGGAAGCCCCGAGGGCGAUGUGAGGCGGGUGGGGAGCACCAGUGGCAGCACAGGACAGGCGGGCGGUGAUGGGAAGAGAGGCGGCACAGGCUUGGGAAGUGGCUCGGUGCGUGCGAGCAGGUUCGGGAAUGGCGGUGGCGGUGGCUCGGGCUUGGAAGGCGGUGGUUCUGGAAUGGCAGGGAGCUCGGGAUUGGGAGGUGGCUCGGGGCUGGUUGGUGGUAGCAGUAAGGGGUGUGAGAGGGUUGAGAGGGGUGAGCAGCGGGUUGACGGGGAGCGAGUAGAGGAGGCUGAGACGGCGUUCUGGUCUGAGCGGCGGAAUGAGAUGGAAGAGAUGCAAAAGGAGGAGGUGCGAAGGGAGGAGAUGCAAAGGCAGGCGAAGGGAGUGCAGGGCGGGCGUAUGGCGGGACAGGAGGACGAGAAGCAGGAGGAGUGGAUGGAGGGAGACGGGAGCAGUCACGGGGCGCAUGCGCAUGCGGCUGGAAGAGACUUCGUUUGGAGGACGUCCCACUCCGUUUCGCGGAGCAACAACAGCAACUGCUUGCCUCCUUCUGACGCCGCUCACCCGUCCAUCCCACAUGCUGCUCCCCUCGCUCCUCCUCCUGACUGUGCCCCGUUCGUUUCCUUGGAAGCACAGCAAUGGUGUGGGGCUGAAGGCGAAGGUGCUGCUGCUGCUACUGCUGCUGCUACUACCACCCCUCCCACCAUGCCCCGUGCUCUGUCGGAUCCCGAGCAGACCCGCCCUGCCAGUGGCCGCAGUGAGAGUGACCUUCAAGGAUGGGGCUCAGGAGAUUUUUCAGGUGGUGCGGGUGCUGGUGGGAGAGGGCGAGGGGGGGCAUCAGGGCGCGGUAGAGGGGUGGGGAGGGGGACGGGGUUAGUGUCGGGGCGAGGGGUGUGGGUGGGAGGGAGGGUUCAGGUGCUGAGGACGAUGAGAGGGCGGCGGAAGGAGGUGUCUCUCUCUGAGCAGCUGAUGCGGCAGCAGAGGGAAGCGGAGCAGAGGCGCAGUGGGGUGGGUGAGGGACAACAGCAGGCAGGGGACGAGCAGCAGCAGCAGCAGCAGCAGCAGCGGGACGAGGAGGGGGGAGAAGUUUUUCAGCGGGAGUUGCAGUUUCCCGGCUCGUCGACGCGUUCUCAGUCUCAGAGCCACAGUCGUCAGGGCUGGGAGCUGCAGCAACAGCAGCAGCAGCAGCAGCAGCGAUGCUACACGCAGCAGGGGCAGGAGAGUGGGGAGAGCCAAGGGCUAGGUCAGCAGCAGGGGGGUCAGCGCAUGCGGGUGCAGAGCGAUGGGGAUGAGGCGCCUGUGGUCAGUGCUGGGCCGCCCUCUUGGGUUGUGAUCCAACGGAAAGGAGGAGGGGAGCUGAAACCUUUGUCGGGUAUGGCUGCUUCUACUGCUGCUGGAAGUGCUGGUGGUGCUGCUGCUGCCAGUGCAAAUAAAAGGCAGGUGGAUGGGCUGGGGGAGGAGCAAUGGGGCAACGGCUCGGGUGCUAUGGGUGGUGAGAACGGGGGUGAGGGAAACGAAGGUGCGAUUGAGAGUGGUGCAGUAGGGGACGGUGCGGUUGGGAGCGGAGCCUGCAUGGAGGUGGAUGGCAAGGAGGAAGGGGAAGCAGGAGCUGGUUCGGGCUCGGGCGGUUGGACAAACCACUCGUCAGGCUUGUGGGUGGAGAGUGGUAGUGCUGGUGCUGCUCUGACCGCUGGUGCUGCUGGUGCUGCUGGUUCUGGUGGUGUUGCUCUUAGUGCUGGGACUGCUCGGACUGCUGGUGCUGCAGGUGCUGCUGGCGGUGGUGGGCGCAUUGCGCUGAUGAGCUGCAGACGGCAGCGGUCACAAGGGGGAGGUGAGGGGCGAGAGGAGAUGCAUGGUGGUGGUGGUGGUGAGGUGGACGAGAAGGAGGUGGGGAAGGAACGAGAGGAGGAGCAGGAGAUUGAGGAAAACGAGGAGGAGACGAGGGAGGAGGAGAGGGGAAGGAGGAGAAUGGGGGAGGAGGGGAUUGCGGGGGUGCAUGGGGAGGAGAUGGAGAAGGGAGGAGAGGGAGGAGGUGAGGAGGAGCGUGAGGUGAGAGAGGAGGGCGGUGUGCGCGAGGAGGAGUUCCAGGAACGGGUUUCACAUGGUGUCCGUGAUGAGAGGGCAGCAGAGGAAGCCGGUGAAAGGGAUGAGGGUGAGCAGGCCAGAGAAGAGUCGUUACAUGAAACAGAGGGGGAUGAGGGUGAGCAGGCAGGGAUGCUGGGUCUGAAUCCCGGAGUGUCACGGGAAGCUGUUGCUGCAUGGAUGAGGAGUUUGGGGAUGAGUGGGUUAGAGGUGAACGGAUCUGGUGGUGUGGUUGACCCUCGCAUGGUGGCGCUGCAGAUGUUCAUGCAGCAGCAGCAGAUGCAGCAGCGGCUGAUGAUGCAGCGACAGCAGCAGGAGUUGCAGCAGCGGGAGUUGCAGCGGCAGGAGGAGCAGGAUACUGAAAGGCAGGAGCAGGAGAUGCAGGGGCAGCAUGAAGGUAUUCAAGGGCAGCAGGAACGCAUGCAGGCCCAGCAGCAGAUGAUGCUGGGUGCAGCAGCAGAGGAAGCAGAGAUGCAGCAGAGUUCAGAUCGACAAGGGUUGGGAUGGGAGGAUGGAGGCGGAACGGACGAGGAGCAGCAGCCAGAAGCUCCUUUAGAGACUGUGGAUAGGGAACAGGGCGAGAGGGGAGAGGGGGUGGGCGGACCAACGAGGGAGGGCGGAGGGAACGAGGAUGAGGCCCAGAGGGAGUGGGAGCAGUGGCGGCUGUGGGAAGAGCAGCAAGGGGCACUGGAGGGAUGGGCAGGCGAGGGAUUGGAAGGGGAGGCGAUUGAAACGCAACAGGAGCUGCAGCAGGUGCAGGAGCAGGAGCAGGAGGAGGAGGUUGAGGAGCAGGCGGCACAGCAAGAAUUGCAGCACAGCUGGGGCCCGGGGCCAGAGGAGGAGGGGCACGAGGAGGGACAAGGGGAGGGGGAAGAGGAAUUGCCGAGUGCGGAGCAGGAGGAGCAAGAGUGGUUGAGAAGACAGCAGCAGGUAGAGGGAGUGACUCCCGUGGGAUGGGGGGAAGACGGUCCGGCGGAGCAGCAGUGGGGCGUGGGGGAGGAACGGCAAGGCUUGGAACUAGCAGCAAUGGGCGUGGAAGGGCAAGGGGUGGAAGGGGGCGAGGAGGGAAUGGAAAGGGGCGGAGAAGGGGAGCAGGAGGGUGAUGAAGCAGGGGCAGCGGAUGUAGCAACGGAUGUAGCAGCGGAUGUAGCGGACGAUUCACCUGAGGAGAUGCAGAUUCAGUAUCUGAGGCAGCGGCUGCUGCAGCUGCAGCAAGAGAGGCUGCUGCGGAUGCAGCGGCUACAGCUGCAGCUGCAGCAGCAGCAGCGCUGGCAGCUCGGGGAAGGCGAGGGCAGCGAGGGAGGGGCAGAGCAGGAAGAGGAAGGGGAGCAAGUGGGAGAUGCGGCACUGCAGCAGCUGUUGGGAAGCGUGCAGCAAGGGAGAGGGAUGCAGGAAAUGAGGGAUUUGCAGCAAAUGGUGCUGAUGCGUGGUGAGGGAGAGGAGCAUGGGAUGGAGGGUGAAGGGGCGGCUGUUGUGGAACGUGGAGAAGAGAGAGAGCAUGGAGAGGAGGAAGAGCAGGCGGAGGAUCGAGGGCAGGGAGAGGAGCAGGUGGAUGGUUUGCAGCAGCGGAUGGAACAGGAGACCCAGGAGGAAAUUGAAGGGGAGCCGAUUGGGGCAGGUGAGAACGAGAGGAGGGAUGGGGAAGAGGGAGCGGAAGUGGUGGAGGAAGGGGAGGAAGGGGGGGAGGGGGAGGACGAGGAGGCAAGGGAGGAGCGGAGGCGCAAGUGGGAGUUUUUCUUUCUGCGGCAGCGGCAGCAGCAGCUGUUUGAGUUCGAACAGUACCAGCUGCAGCAGCUUCUGGCCAUGGAGCUCGCUGAGAAGGAAAAGGCCCAGCGGGAGAGGGAGGCUGGGGAGGGGGAGACGGAGGGAGUUGGGGAGGGAGUUGGGGAGGGAGAGAGGGAGGGAGUUGGGGAGGGAGAGAGGGAGGGAGACGGGGAGAGAAGUCAGAGGGAGGGAGAGGGGGAGGGAGAGAGGAAUGGGGAGCAGGAAGGAGAAGAGGGGAGCGAACGGGAGGGGGGGCAGGAGAGGAGUGAAGCUGAGAUGAGAGGUGAAAUGGGAGCACUAGCAGAGAGAAAGGAGGGAGAGGAGGAGGAAAUGCGGGAGGAAGGGCAGGAGAGAAGAGGAGGGGAGGAUGUGGAGUGUCCGAGACAUGGGGGAGAGUGGGAAGAGAGGGGAGAGAGGGGAGAGCGGGGAGAGGGCAGUGUGGGAGCGGGAGGUGAGGAGGACUUGGCGCAUGUGGGCAGUGCUUCACAUGCCUGCGGAGGCACCCCCGCUGCAUCUGCGAUGGGCAGGGAGCAAGGAGAGGGGGAAGGGGAGCAGGGAGAAGGAGGGAGGGAGCAGGAGGACGAGGAGGAGUUGGUGGGAGGGGAACGAGGGCAUGUGCAUAGGGAGGGUGUUGCAGGUGCUGUUGCUGCUGCAGAUGUGACGGCUUCUGCUUCUGCUUCUUUUCUUGCUGCCGCUGGUACUGCUGCCCAAGGCGUGGGUAUGGAGGGAACUGAAGCUGCCCGGGUGGCGGAGGGGAAUUCAGAAGAUGGAUCGAUGGAGAGGUGGGGUUUUGAGUCCGAUUUUGGCAUGGAAUACGAUUCUCACGAGGACGCCCCUAGAGGAGUUGGGAGUGGAAAGGGCAGCGAUGGUGGGGAUGAAGAUGUUGCUGAUGGUGGUGAUGGUGGUGGCUGUGUGGGUGCUGCAGCCGGUGGGGAUGCGGAUGCGGUAGCAGAGCAAGGGACGAGUGGAGAGGGUGGGGGCGAGGAGUGGCGGCUAGCGUUUGACUUGAAUGAGGAGCAGCCGGGGGAAGGAUGGGCGGAUGGAGAGGGCGAUGGCACUGCUGCAAGUGGCAGCAAGGCGGGGCCAGGCGCGCACCUGCUGCUGCUAGACAUGAAUGCAGAGGCAGAGGAGGCAGCAGACAUGGGCUUGGAUCUGGGGCUGGGAGGCACGUGUGGGGCACAGCAGAGUCAACAGAGUCAACAGAGUCAACAGAGUGAAGGCGGUCUGGGUGGAGGAGGAGAAGGGGGUGGGAGGGAGCAGGUGGGAGGAGGCAUGGUUGUGUUGUCGCUAGGUCUUGAGUUGGGCGCUCCAGAGACAGGAAUGUGGUUCGAGAAGGGGAGAGUAGAGGUGGAGAAGCAGGAGAGGGCUUCAGGGCUCCACUCGCCAGCUCCCCACUCCUCAGAGCACCACUCUUCAGGGCCUGAUGCGUUGCUGAUGGAUCCUCCUGUGCCAACAGCGUUGCUGAUGGAUCCUCCUCCAGUGCCGGGAGCACGCUCACGUGUGGUGAACUGGUUGACGCAGCACCAACAACGGUGGCGAAAGCAGCAGGCGGAGCAGCACGUGAAGGAGGAGCAGCAAGUGAAGGAGGAGCAGCAAGUGAAGGAGGAGCAGGAGGUGAAGGGGGAGGGGAGGCGGGAUUUGGAGCAGGAGCAAGAAGGCAAGGAGCGGGAGCAGGAGGAACGGGAGCAGGAGCACCAGGGCAGGCACGUACGUGAGUUUGUUCCUGGAUCGGCUCUUUCUUGCGGGCCACGGCCAGCAGAGGAACCAGCAAUCGUAACAGUAGAGGUCGAAGCAAAGGUAGCGGCAGCAGAAGCGGCAGCAGUCUCAGCAGCAAAAGCGGGAGAAGGCGCGUCAGGAGCGUCCAGCACUGCCCGUCGCCACUCUUGCUCGCACGUGCUAUCCCUCCGGCGCUUCCUCUCGCUGUGUCACACGCAGCAGCAGCAGUGCGAGGGCGAGCUUGUCGCAACCACUGCCAGCAACUGCCCUGCAAUACCACCACCUGUGCCGAUCCAGCAGCAAGCAGUGUCCGUUUUCUGUGAGAUAGCUCGGCUGGUGGCAACAGCCCAUGCGAACGGCGAGGCACUAGGAGAUCAGCUGCGGCCGUCUAGUAUCAGAGUCACCCUCGGGCCCCAGCACUGGCUGCUGCCCUCUUGCUGUGCUUCCAACGCUGCUGCUGGCUGCAGCAAGAAGGAGAAACGCCUGAGGGAGGGAGAGGGUGCCGUGGUGGAGCGACAGGAGAAGGAGAGGGAGGAGGAGGAGAGAGAGUAUUACGCGGCGCCGGAGGGGGGCUCAGGGAGUGGGAAGGCAGAGGGUGCUGGGGAUGCAGAGAGGGAGAGGGAGAGGGAGAUGGCAGCGGAUGUUUACCGGCUGGGGUUGUUGUUCUUUGAGCUGACGUGUCACAUGAGCGACCAAUCGGAGCGCAGCAGUGCAAUGGAGGAUGUGAGGAGCCGGGUGCUGCCCACGGGAUACCUCAUGGCCUUCCCCACCGGCGCUGCCUUCUGCCUCUGCCUGCUGCACCCCGUGCCCUCCAGACGCCCAAAAAUGAGGGACGUCCUCACAAACAGCCUCUAUCUCCGCCUCGCUGCAGAAGCUUCCCCCGCAGCUUCCUCCUGCCAGUGCCAGCUGUCCGUGUCGUUUUCACCUUGGCGAUCGUCGGAAGCACAAGGGGACGCGGAGGGGCAGGACGAGCAGGAGGAGCAUGAGGGGCAGGAGGAGCAGGAGGGGCAGGAGGAGGGGCAGGAGGAAGGGCAGGAGGAGGAGCAGGAGAGGGAGCAGGAAAGGCAGGAGGAGCAGGAGGGGCAGGAGGAGCAGGAGGGGCAGGAGGAGCAGGAGGGGCAGGAGGAGCAGGAGGAGAAUGGGCAUGAGCAUGCACGCCCUCGUGAUGGUACUGUUGACGGCAGUGUGUGCAUUAGCAGGGAUGUGGAGGGGCGUGAGGAGGGAGAGGAGGGAGAGGAGGGAGAGGAGGGAGAGGAGGGGCCGCGGCAGCGCAGGCCAGGCAAGGAACCGAUGGUGGAAGUGAGCGAUGGGGACGACGAUGGUCUGCAUUGGAUGAAGGAUGAAGAUGAAGAGGGUGAUGAGGGUGAUGAGGACGAGGAGUUGCAUGGUGGUGGGCGUGGUGGAAAGGGAGAGGAGCUGGAGGAGAAAGAUAAGGCAGAAGAGGUGGAGGAGGAGGAAGAUGAGGAAGAGGAGGAGGAGCGAGAGAAAGGGUGCGGUUGGAGGGAGGGAGGAGAGGAGGGCGCUGCUGCUCGUGCAAGUCUGGUUGGGGAGGGGUCAAGAGGCAAUGCGUGUAUUGGUAUUGUUGUUGAGGCCACUAGGAAGCGAGAGAGGGCACAGGAAAGGGAGGAGAGGGAGGAAGGGGUUGAAGGUGGUGGGGGAGACGAUAGGGAAGGUGAGCUCAGAAGAGAAGAAGAGGAGGAAGAGGUGGAGGAGGAGGUAGAGAAGGAAGAAGAGGAGGGAAGAGGGGAGGGAGGAUGGGAGGGAGGAGAGGAGGAGCGGAUAGAGGCAGGGGGGAUACGGGGGAGCAAGAGGGCUCGGUGCGAGGAGCGGAGAGAGGAGGCGGGUCUGACCUUUGAGUCACCUGAGUCACCUGUGUCACCUCAAAAGCUGACACAUGAGAACUUGAUUCUUUCUGCGCGCCAACCACUCACAGACGCGGAGCUGACUCCUGAAGCGCCUGAAACACUCACAGAGACGGAGUUGGCAGAGAGGGAGGAGGAGAACGAGGUGCUCCUGGAUUUUCUCCUGAGGGUGCAGCAGGGGAAGGCGGAGACCUCCCAGCAGGUGGCCGCCAACCUGGAUGGGCUCUCUGCUGACGUGGUGGAGGUUGCUGAGAGGAGGCAGCUGCUGCUGGCGCUGUCUCAGCCUAUCAGCGCGCGCCAAUUCACGAACCCAGGCACUGGGAGAGGAGCCGAAGCGGAUGCUGCAGCAAGAGAGGCGGAGCAAGAAAGGGAUGCAUCAGGUGCCAGGGUAGGGGCGAGUGGGGAGAGCAGGAACGGUGGUGGGAGUGGUUGGAGACAGGGCCAAAGGCAGCGGAUAGAAGAGGAGGGUGCAGGGGGGAUGCGUGAGGGUGUAAGACAGGGAGGAGCAGCACAGGCAGAGGGGGGAACAGAGUCACAGGGCGUAAGGGGAACAGGCGAGGAGUGCACUCGCCUUUGUCUUGGAGCAGUGAAAGACAGGGCAAGAGGGGAAGGGGGCGAGGGUGAGAGGGGAGGCGAGGGAGGGAGAGGAUGCGAAGGAGAGAGGUUGGGAAGCGGCCAGGCUGGAAUGUCCUGCCGUAGCGCCAAGUCAGCCAGGGGGCGGGCCGCGAGGGCAGGUGAAGGGGCAGGUGCGGGCGCAGGUGAGGGGGCAGGUGGGGGGGCUGGAGAGGGGGGAGCUGCAGGGAGGGACGGGGACGGGGCAGAGGAGGGGCAUAUGCAAGAGGUGUGGGGCCGGCUGGGCUGUGUGCUUCAAACGCGGAAGCGGCAAGCCAGCAGCGUGGGAGGGGAAGAGUUUAGAGAGGAGAGGGGUUGCAGCAAGCGGAGAGCACUGAAUGAGCACGGCAGCACCAGCAGCGCCAGCAGCAGAGAGAAGGUGGAACCGGCACUGGGCGCUACAGCGAGGCAGGAAGGUAUCGGCGGUGCAGGCGGGGGGCAGGAGGGGGUGAGACGGGGAGGAGGUUGGGAGACGAGAAGGUGGAAUGGAGGGAAGCAGGGUGAGAGGAGCAGAACGCCCCCUGUGUGGGAACGUGCGGCGGCGGCAGCAGCGGCGCAGCAGCACAGCUGGCAGCAGCAGAGCUCGUCCGGUGGGGGGGGCAGCUGGGCUGGUGCUGCUGGUGGUGCUUCUGGUGCUGCCGGUGGUGGUGGUUUCGUGGUGGAUAGCAUCCUGAAUGUACCAACCACCACACGGGGCACACAUGGUACUCUUUUCUCUGUUGAUACAGAGGGGCGGGUUGGAGGAGGAGGUCGGUUUGGUGGUCGGGGUGAAGCGCUGGGAGCAGCUGAGCGCGUGAGGCACGGGCUUUCUGAGCCUUCUCACCCCGUCCCUGCUGCUACGCCAGCUGAAGCUGAUUCUGAGGCUUUGCAUGCUGCAAGGCUGCCGCCAGCAGUGUUCGGCAAGCUGCAGGUUCGGGCGGCGCUGCGCCGAGGCGACCUGCUAGGCUCGGCAGACAUGGUGUGCUCGGUGGCUUUCGACCGGGACGGGGAGUUCUUUGCUUCGGCGGGCGUGUGCAAGCGCAUCAAGGUGUUCGACUGCAAUGCUGUGCUGCACGCUGCUGCUGAGAGAGAGGCGCGCGUGAAGGAAGUGAGGGAUGGGAUGGAGGUGGAGGAGGAGGAGGAGGGAGAGGAGGAGGAGGAACGGGGGAAGGGAGGAGAGGCCGGAGGAGUGGAGAGAGGGGCGAGGUUUGGAAGAGGGAGGUAUGGGGAGGGGCGAGUGAGAGCAGGGGGGAGAGGGGGAGGAGCGUGGGGAGGCGAGGAAGGGCAAGAAGGGCAGGCGGGGCAGGAGGAGGGGCAUGAGGAGGAGCUGUUGCAGUACCCGGUGGCGGAGAUGGCGUGCGAUUCAAAGCUGAGCUGUGUGAGCUGGAACCCCUUCGUCAAGAGCCUCGUUGCCUCCUCCAACUAUGAUGGCGCCGUGCAGGUGUGGGACGUGUGUGCGGGCGAGGCGAUCGCAGAGUACAGGGAGCACGAGAGGCGAGUGUGGAGUGUGCACUGUGCGCCCACCGACCCCACCAAGCUCGCCAGUGGCAGCGACGACGGCUGCGUGCGCAUCUGGAGCUUGCAGCAGGACGCCAGUGUGGCCACCAUUCGCACGCGGGCCAACGUGUGUGCGGUGCACUUCUCGCCCGCCUCCUCGCACAUCCUCGCGCUCGGCUCGGCCGACUUCAAGCUCGCCCUCUACGACCUCCGCAAGGCGCGCUCGCCCCUCGCCACGCUCCCCGGCCACUCCCGCGCCGUCUCCUACGUGGCCUUUGCGGACCCGCUCACGCUUGUGUCCGCGUCCACUGAUAACACGCUGCGCGUGUGGGACUUGAGGGACGUGCUGGGGAGUGCUGGGGAUGGUUCAGUGAUGGGACUGCAGCAGCAGCAGCAGCAGAGGCAUCCCGGGCAGGGAGGCAUGGCGCCGUGUGUGCUGACGCUGUCUGGGCAUGUCAAUGAGAAGAACUUUGUGGGGCUGGCCGUGUCCGAAUCGGGGUACAUUGCAUGCGGCUCUGAGAACAACUCGGCAUAUGUGUACCACCGCAGCGUGCCAGCUCCCAUCACAUGCCAUCGCUUCGGCGCUGUAGAUGCAGUUACAGGGAGGGCGGGGGGGGAGGACGCGGGGCACUUCGUGAGCAGCGUGUGUUGGCGCAAGGGCACUAACUCCCUGGUGGCGGCGAAUUCAAUGGGGGAUGUGAAGGUUCUGGAGAUGGUGGAGUGA